AUGCCAAACAACCCCACCACCAAAGUUGCCCUUGUUGGGGGCUCCGGGAAUCUUGGUCCCGUGAUCCUCUCAGAAUUAUUGGACGCUGGAUUCGCCGUCACGGUUCUCACUAGACAAGGGAGCAGCAAGACCUUUGACCCCAGAGCUCAAAUUGCGAAAGUAGACUACGAAUCUCUUGAACCGCUCAAAGCUGCUUUAGCCGGCAAUGAUGUCGUCGUUAACACCCUCGGUGUGGGCGCCAUCCCCCGCGACAUCCACUUACGUCUCGUUGACGCUGCGGUGGCUGCCGGCGUCAAACGCUUCCUCCCAUCAGAGUACGGUUCCAACACAACUCACCCUAAUAUCGCGAAGCUCCCCGUCUUUGGAGACAAGAUUGCCGUUCAAGAACAUCUCAAGAACGUCUCGCAGCAGUCUGGCCUUAGUUAUACAAUUCUGAUUAAUGGACCUUUCCUCGACUGGGGAAUUAAGACAGGGUUCCUCCUGGACCUAUCUGGUCCUGUCGUUCCCUUGUACGAUGGUGGCGAUCGAAAGUUCAGUUCCACAACUCUAAGAGGAGUCGGCAAAGCUGUGGUGGGAAUUAUCAACAACCCCUCCGCUACCGAAAAUACCGCUGUCUUUGUUAACGAGGCAAGGGUGUCACAGAAGGAACUUUUGGCCUUGUCGGGUAAGAGUCUUGAGACCAAGACUGUGCAAACAUCAGACCUAGAACAGGAAGCCUUCGCCGAGCUUGCUAAACCCACACCAAACCCUGGUGUGGUCGCCUUUGGCUUCCUGCGGAGGGCUAUCUUCGGUGAAGGGUAUGGGAGCCUCUUCGAUCCUGAAAAACUUUCCAACGAUUUGUAUGAUUUGAAGACUUUGUCUGAGGAGGAACUUCGGAGCCUCGUUGCCGAGUGA